AUCAAGAUUUAUUGCCGCCAUUAGUUGAAGAGUCAAAGCAAGUGCUUGAAAGAUUCAUUCGACUAACCCAUGAACCGUUGUCCAAUCAACAAAAACGAGAAAUGACUAACUGGUCACCCCUGGUGAUCACAGUUUUUAGGGAAUUAUGCAAGACGAAAUGGGAUGAUGGAAGACGAGAUAGUGAAGCAGAUAUUAUUGAUGACGAUGAUAGAGAGGUUCACGAUACCAAGACUACUCGUUUGGUCGGUUUAAGAAAACAAAUACCAGAUUUUUAUAAGUUAGCAAUUAAGAUCAUUGGUAUAGAUAGGGUUGACGUGAGACUUGCACUUCAGGAAUUUUUAGAAAAAAUUGGAAAUGAAUUUUUAAAUAUUGAUAGAUGGGAAA